AUAUUUUCUGGUUCAAGGGUUGGCUUUUUCAUGAGAGGCUUUAUUGCUGCCAAUUUUAGUGAGUUUGGUACACAUCAGUGGAUAGGGAGCCAUUUAUUAUGUUCAACAUAUUAGGGCCAAGCACAGGAACCUCUUGAUGGGUGGGCUUAGGGCAGAAGUGCUCCCAUUUCGAUGUUCCUCUCAGCUUGUCAACACUCUCCCAGUGCACUUUGGUAGCUGAGCUGUGUUUGGGGUGUUGUUUAUCCAUGUUUCAGAGUUACUGGGAUCCUCGGCUUGCACAUCAUUCACCCAUAGUCAUUCACGCACACCCCUUCAAUCGACCAUCACAAAGUGCCACAGCGGUAGUAGGGAGGGUUACUCUUUAAGAGUCGAUGAUGUCACCCCCCCCCCCCCUUAGAAAUCCAACCCCACCACAUGCAGGGAAGUCUGGGCCCGCAGCAGCUUUUGAUCAAACCAUCAAAAGAUUCGCCAGUCUGUCAUGAGUUUCUCUUAUCUCUCCUCUUUUCCUCUCCUUCCCUGCUUUAGUACCAGAUCUUUAUCCCCAUGGUGAACAACGUGAUGUUGAAGGAUCAAACACCAGCGCUAUGAUGUGCUCAUCUGUCGGAUUGUCAAGGGGUACACUUUGGCAGAGCAGGAAGAGGACCCUCUAAUCUUCCAGCUGCGCAGGAACCUGAGCGACACAGCAGAGGCGGGGCCAAUGAAGAAGCUCCACGUCAGCACCACGGCCCUCAGGAGGAAUAACAUGUCAUUUCCAUUCCUGAACUGUGUCUUGUAUUAUGCUUCCAUUUCAACUAAUUGUUUUUUUUGUCCUCAAACAGGUAGUGCUUUUGGUUUUAGAGGCUGAUUAUCAAAUCACUUCAGUACUUUUUCAAAUAGUCGGUUUGUGGUGGAUAUAUAAAACACAUAUUUGACAGUCUGCUUAGUUUACAUCCAAAUUUCCCUCUCCAUAAGAUACCAAUGCACAAUGAUUUUGAAGUGCCUUUGUUACAGCAUGCCUAAUCAUUUCAAAACAGUGCGAGAGACUGACCUGUCAGAUCUGCUGAUUUCUUCCCUCACCCAACUGACGCCAUGUGAAGCGCAUUAAUGUGAUUUUUGUGGCUGAGGCGCCUGAGCGUGGUCCUGCACUCGUGAUAGUCGCUGGCCCAAAUCUACAUUCCCCUGGCCAGCCUCCCUGUCUUGCUGGUUGGAGCUGAGUGAGGACCAGCAGGAUGAGUUGAUCUGCAACAUCGAGGUGGCCCUCAACUCCCAGGACAUCAUCGGGUUCACUCUGCUCAAUCGGGCCAUGUUCAUGGAGCACAGCGAUAAGGUUCCUCUUAGAGACAGUGGCAUUGUUCUGCUUGGCGAAAGGGCUGCCAAAUGCCAUGCAUAUGCCAAGGCCCUCCACUGAAAAGAGCUGGUUUUCCAGAAGGGUGCCUCUCAUCUCAUUCUAGUCCCUCAUCAGCAUCAAUAACAAACUGCAGCAGCCAGAGGCAGCAUCUGGGAUCCUGGAGUAUGCCAUGAAGCACUUUGGUGAACUGGUGCCACCAACCCCCUGUGGUGUGUACCUACGUGUGUGCUAUUCCAGUGCAUCGACAAGGCCACAGAGAUCUACUGGAUGCAGAGCUGAGCGCCAUGGCUGGAGAGAGUUACAGCAGAGCUUACAAGGUUUACCAGUGGAUCGUAGAGGACUGGCAGAGGACCCUGAUGGUUUGCUCGCUGGUCAUCAACCUCCACGACGACAUGAGGACCUGGCUCAAGUACGCCAGCCUCUGUGGCAAGAGUGGACGUCUGAUUGAAGCCUUCCAGCACACACAACACUUUGUCCAGGGGAUGCAGCAACAGGCCCAGCAUGCCGCUGAAGACAAGCAACACCAGCAGGAGCUCCACAAGCUCAUGGCCAGGACUCCUACCUGCUUCCUGGAGCUAGGUGAGUGGCAGCUCAGUCUGCAGGGCUUCAACGAUAGCACCAUCCCCAAAGAGCUGCAGUACUACAGCCACUCCACGAAGCACGACCGCAACUGA